GUCCAGCAACCAUGCAUUUAUUUGGCGCAGCGCUCCCAGCUCCCGCAGCUGGCUGGAGCCCGCGGUGACAUCACGAGCCCGGGCAGGCCACGUGACCCUCGGCCUCUCCUCCCCCGCCCCCUCGCGUCGCCGCGGUCCUCGAGCCCAGUGUCCCGCCGCAGCGGCCACUCGUAGCUCUCGGUGCAGUGCGGAGCCAAGGGUCGGGCGAGCGGUCGGAGCGUCGGGGCGCCAAGGAGAGGGGCUGGAGCAGCGGACCGUGUGAGCGGAGCCCGGGACGAAAAGAGAGAGACGGUCUCGCAAACUUGUGCGAGCGCCUGAGCUAUGAAGAUGGUCGCGCCCUGGACUCGGUUCUAUUCCCACAGCUGCUGCCUGUGCUGCCAUGUCCGCACCGGCACCAUCCUGUUGGGCAUCUGGUACCUGGUGAGCGCGGCCGGGCGUGGAGGGCGGCCCCCGGGGUCCCCACUCGCGCCGCUCACCCCGCACCGCUAAGUCGCUUAGUCUAGGUCGGCUUCGGUCUGGGGGCCGCCGGCGAUCAUCCGCCUAAAGUUGUAUUAUUAGAAAGUUAAUUCUCGGGGAGAGCUGGGCUGCAGUGGCGGGGCCGUGUGUGUGUGUGUGUGUGUUGGGGGUGGGGGGACGGGGCCCUGCGUUGUGCGGCCCGGUCAUUUUCACCCCCGUACGGCACCACGGCUGGUGAGCGUUCGCCCUCGCGAGUUCGGGUCCGAGCAGAAACGGUUGGGAAGCUCUUGCUCCUCUCGAGAGAGUUUUCCCGCAAAUGCCUGUUGAAAGCUUACACAGGGAAGGCACCCCAGUGUGCCUGCGUUCCAGUUGGCUUGGAGAAGCCAUCUUAACAACCACUCAGGUUUCUGCCCGAGGACAGAUCAUCAAUGCCGUGGUCCUGUUGAUCCUGCUGAGUGCCCUGGCCGAUCCCGAUCAGUAUCACUUUUCAGGCUCUGAACUAGGAGGGGAAUUUGAGUUCAUGGACGAUGCCAACAUGUGCAUUGCUAUCGCGAUCUCUCUCCUCAUGAUCCUGAUCUGUGCCAUGGCUACCUACGGUGCAUACAAGCAACACGCUGCCUGGAUCAUCCCGUUCUUCUGUUACCAGAUCUUUGAUUUCGCCCUGAAUACUUUGGUUGCAAUCACCGUGCUUGUCUACCCCAACUCCAUUCAGGAGUACAUAAGACAGCUGCCCCCCAGCUUUCCCUACAGAGAUGACAUAAUGUCAGUGAACCCUACCUGUUUGGUCCUUGUCAUCCUUCUCUUCAUAGGCAUUAUUUUGACAUUUAAGGGCUACUUGAUCAGCUGUGUUUGGAGCUGCUACAGGUACAUCAAUGGCAGGAACUCCUCUGAUGUUCUGGUUUACGUUACCAGCAACGAUACCACGGUGCUGUUGCCACCAUACGAUGAUGCCACUGCUGUGACCGGCACUGCCAAGGAGCCACCGCCACCUUACGUGUCUGCCUGAACGUGGUGUGGAGGAGCCCAGAGCGCCAGUCUGAGCCCACAGCUGCUUGAUUGACCCUGUGGUUUCACCUCUCCUCCGUGAUGAGCUCUUUGAGCCUGUUUGUUGUUAAAAUGCCAUGUUUUAAAAUUUAGAUGUUAAGUUGAAGCCUCUGUUGUCUGACGUACCCUGUACCCAAGCACCGAGUAGUAAGGCUGUAGGACUGUUUUGGUAGGAGGGGGCUGUGAUGAGUUCUCAGAGUCUUUCUCAAAACUAUGUACGGCGUUCCCUGGUCUGGUUUGUACCUGCCUGGCCCCAAAGCCAGGGGGCAGUCAUACUUUUCCUCUCCAUUCCUUCUGACUGUUUGAAAGUACAAAAUAAAAAUUAGAUCAUACUUAAACUAUUCCAGAAUCCCUAAUAAAAACAAUAUUAAUUGUUCUAAUUAUGUAGUUAGGAGCCCUUAUAUAUGUGAUAUAAGAAUUUCCCUACUAUCCCCAAGUUCAGUGAUAUUCUGAAUUUGCUGGUCAAGAAUUUUCUUUGGGCUAAAUAAGGACUGUGAGGUAAUAGGAACAGUGAGGGCAAGGGCUGCCCAGGAUGUCUGUUUUGAGCUAGGGCUGAUGUGUCUCCCUGUGUGAAAGGGGGACCAGCUUGCUUGGCUCAGAAAAACUCAGACUCACUUUUCCUCAGCGUCCUCCAGCAAAUACCUUGCUUUGUCAAGCAGAACCACCCGUGUACGUUUGGGAAAAGGUGUUCACACUCUUUCCUUGCAAGGUACACCCUACUUUGAAUUUCUAAGUAUGCCUAAUCAUUUAUUAAAGUGUCAAGCAGUCUUCAGAAAGAUAAGGAGGCUCGUUCCCAUGUGGAAUGCUCUAGAUUGUCUGAAUUGCAAACGAUGUUUGUGUCCAUGUCUCUGAAUGUGAACAACUCUCCUGCUUGUUCAUUGCUCAGUGUGCUGUACAUGAAGGCUUUGCAAUUAAAGUUUGUCUGCAUCCAAGAAAACAA